AUGGAUAUUAGAUAAGCCCACCAACAUCACACGUACCGGUACAGACCCUUGCACAAGACUACCCCUCCAAAGUCUACGGCCAGUCCGGAGCUCCUACUCUUUUUGGGAUUCCCCAUUCUCCCUUCGGCUGCUCCUACUCCAUCUCUCUCCUCGCGCGAGACCAAAGGAGAAGAACAAAGAUCUGGGAGGAUUAGGGUUGUUGGGAUCUCUUAAAGGCCGACUCGGCAUCUGGAGCAGUCGGGGACCAUGACGAGGGAGAAGCGCAGGCUGGAUCCCAGCGACGGGGACGAGUUGCAUCCUGAGGCGAAGAGGCCAAAGGUUCCGGCACUCGCGAGUGUGAUUGUUGAAGCUCUCAAGGUGGAUAGCCUGCAAAAACUUUGUUCAUCAUUGGAGCCAAUUCUUCGUAGAGUUGUUAGUGAAGAAGUGGAGCGUGCAUUAGCGAAGCUGGGUCCUGCUAGGCAUGGUGGAAGAUCUUCUCCCAAGCAUAUAGAAGGGCCUGAUGGAAGAAACCUGCAGCUGCAUUUCAGAUCAAGGUUGUCUCUGCCACUUUUUACAGGAGCAAAAGUUGAAGGAGAGCAGGGAGCUGCAAUUCAUGUUGUGUUGAUUGAUACAAAUACUGGCUGUGUUGUAACGUCAGGGCCAGAGUCAUCAGCAAAACUAGAUGUAGUUGUGCUUGAGGGUGAUUUUAACGAUGAAGACGACGAUGGCUGGACUGAAGAAGAAUUUGAAAGUUAUGUAGUUAAAGAGCGUGAAGGAAAGAGACCACUUUUGACUGGUGACCUCCAGGUAUCUUUGAAAGAAGGUGUGGGGACGCUUGGGGAUCUUAUCUUUACUGAUAAUUCCAGCUGGAUACGAAGUAGAAAAUUUAGGCUUGGUCUGAAGAUUGCAUCAGGCUUCUGUGAGGGUAUUCGUGUCCGUGAGGCAAAAACAGAAGCUUUUACUGUGAAGGAUCACCGAGGGGAAUUAUACAAGAAGCACUAUCCACCUGCCCUAAAAGAUGACGUUUGGCGAUUGGAAAAGAUUGGCAAGGAUGGUGCAUUCCACAAAAAGUUAAAUAAGAAUGGAAUCUUCACUGUUGAAGAUUUUCUCCGGCUUGUUGUAAGGGAUCCACAAAGAUUGCGGAAUAUACUUGGAAGUGGCAUGUCAAAUAAGAUGUGGGAUAGCCUUGUGGAGCAUGCCAAAACUUGUGUCUUAAGUGGAAAGUAUUAUAUAUACUAUGCUGAUGAAACAAGGAAUGUUGGUGCAAUCUUCAAUAAUAUUUAUGAAUUUAGUGGCUUGAUUGCUGGAGAGCAGUUUUAUUCGGCUGAAUGUCUGACUGACAACCAGAAGGUCUUUGUAGACACACUUGUGAAAAAGGCUUAUGAUAAUUGGAUGCACGUCAUAGAAUAUGAUGGCAAGGCUCUUUUGAGCUUCAGGCAGAGCAAGAAGACAAUUGCUACCCGAAAUGAACCUUCAUCAGCUUCAACAAACUAUCCUGCUUCGUAUGAUCAGCAAUCUUCUCAGCAGCAUAUGUCAACUGCAGUCCCUAUGGAGCAUUCUGCAGUGGAUGGAGGAGUGGUGGUUGGAGCUUCUGCUGGGUACAAUGGGAAUCAAGUGACCAGAUACGUUGCUCAUUCUCAACAUGUGGAUUCAAAUGUCCAUAUGCAAUAUGAAAGCAAUUCAUUUGCCCCACAAAGUCAGUUGAACGGAUCUUCACAGCAAACUCAAGUUACAAGAAAUGAUAGCACUGGGCUAGCCCUGGGCCCACCUCAACAGGCAAACCUUGGAUUUCAGCCGUUGGGCCAGUCAGUACUGUCAACCAAUCUCAAUUCUUAUGAUGACUGGUCUCGUCAACGUGAUAUCCAGGCUGUUGAAGAUUUUAAUCUCUCGGAAGAGGAGAUCCGCAUGAGAAGCCAUGAGAUACUGGAGAAUGAAGAAAUGCAACAAUUGCUCCGUGUUUUCAGCAUGGGUGGGGCAUCCGCCAGUAUACCUGAAGACACAUAUGGUUUUCAAUCUUACAUAUCUUCGCCUUGCCCAAGCUUUAACUUUGAUGAGGAUCGUAGCCGUUCAUCUGGUAGAGCCGUUGUUGGGUGGCUCAAGAUCAAGGCAGCUAUGAGAUGGGGUAUCUUUAUCAGGAAGAAAGCAGCUGAAAAGAGAGCUCAGCUUGUUGAGCUGGAAGACUAG